AUGUUUAUAUUAUUUACUUAUGUAGUGCACGACAUUACAUUCCCAUCUGGCUAUGUCAAGGUUAAGAUCAAAGUUUCUAUUGUGCCAAAUGCUCCAUUGCCUAUAUCUGUUGAAUAUGGAGAUGUAUCCAUGGUUGGUCAGGCAAUAGGAACAAUUGUGCCAUGGCCACUUAAACUUUUUCAAUUUGUUGGUGAAUGUGAAAAGAUUCCUAAUCAAUUCCAAAACAAAGAUAAGAGUAUCCAGCGAAGUGCUGAAUCAGUUUCAUCACCUAACAAAAACAACAAAAAAUUCAAAAUUCAAGAGUCCCCUAAAGUUGGUGGUUCAUCUGGUCUUGCAAAUUUACCAUUCCUUGAAAUGUAUACGACAAAGAUGAUGAAGGUUGGAUCCUCAAUUCAUAUAAAUAUGGAGGAAAGUAUAUUUGGUGAAGAGUUUUUAGAGCGUCUACGAGUAGAUAAUAUAAAAGAGAUUAUUGAUCAUAACUGGUUAAGUGCCUCUAUUAUCACUGUAUUUUCCAGGUACUUGUUUGACAAGUUCAUUAGUCCAAAUGGAUGAAUAACCAAGUUCUCC